AUGGAAUUUCAAUUCAACUUCUCUGUAGACCAAAUAACAGAAAACAGAACAGAUACUGCUGAGAAUGAAAAGCUACAGCAGGAAAUGGUCCUAUUGAAUAAUCAAGGUGACGUUUCAGAAAACAGCAAUAAGAUUACCUCAGAAGAAAAUAUAUUAUAUUACUAUUUAUCUGGAACCACUGCUAAUAUAUCAGACCACAAUACUUUGAAUGGAAGCCCUGACUCAAGUUUGUUGAGGAAACAGUCCUGUCUCAAAUCUGCCAAGGUGCAUGAUAUUCCUAAAGAUAUCAGUAAAGUCCUUGAGAGCAAAAUUAUUGCAACUUUACCAGGCAUUCACUAUGCAAAUAUUUCUGUGGUGGAGGCUGCACUUCCAGGAAACUCUGUCGGAGAAAAUAUUAUGCCUAACAUUUCUUCUCAGUCUGACCUAAUUACAGGUGUCUAUGAAGGAGGUUUAAAGAUUUGGGAAUGCACUUUUGAUCUCAUGGAUUAUUUAUCAGAAAUUGACAUUCAGUUUGCACAGAAGUCAGUUUUGGACUUUGGAUGUGGAGCUGGACUGUUAGGAAUAGUUGCAUUAAAAGGAAAUGCCAAAGAAGUUCAUUUUCAAGAUUAUAACAGUUCAGUAAUUGAAGAAAUCACCAUGCCGAACAUGCUGGCUAAUUGUUCUCAAGAUGAUCAUGGUGAAGAAGAUACCCAAUUUCACCUAAAUCUAUCUAGGAAGAAAGACUUCACCCAAGAUUUUCUAUCUAAAUGCAAGUUUUUUUCUGGGGAAUGGUCAGAAUUUAGUAAAUUUAUUUUAAAUAAUACCAAGCCUUUAGUAAAAUACGAUCUCAUACUUACAUCAGAAACUAUUUAUAAUCCUAAUUACUAUGAAGCUUUCCAUGAUGCACUUUCAAGUUUAUUAGCAAGAAAGGGCGCCAUAUUUUUAGCUAGCAAAGCACAUUAUUUUGGGUGUGGAGGAGGGGUCUACCUUUUUACAAGUUUCAUAGAAAAGAAGAAUAUAUUUAAAUCUCAAACAGUUAAAGUUAUUGAGAAGGGGCUCAAGCGUUUCAUUAUUAAACUGACAUUUAACAAUUCCUGUUAGCCAAUUCCUGUUGGCUCAGCAUAUUAUUAAAUAUGUAUUUUCUGUUAUCAGAGGUGUUGUAAUUACUAAUACAUUUAACUUUACACAAUAACUUUUUUCAUUUACCAUGUUUUCUCAUCUCUGAAUUAUUUAUAAUUAUUUGUGCAGGGUAUGUACCACAUAAGCAUAUUUUUUACCUUAGAUUUCACAAACUAGGACCAUAAUUUAUCUAAGACUGAUACUACAUAUGUAAUAUCUUUCCCUCUAAUACAUCAAUCACUUAUCAAAAUUAUCUCAAUAAUUUUUACUGGCUUAAAGAUCCAUCUAGUCUAAAACACUAAGACAGCUGCUUCAAAAAAGCAAAAUAGGAACAGCAUUAUUCUAUGCUUUAAAAAUUCUAAAUUCAUUGUACAUUCCAUCUCUGAGAUACCGUGGGUAAAUUACAUGUAUGAGAGAAAUUUAACUUUAUUUUCUUUAUAAUACAUGGGGUAAGCAGCUUCCCUCUACAUGCUAUCCUCUUUUUCCUUGGGUGGUUUUUUUGACCUCUUGGUAUCAUUUUCAUUGAUUGAUUGAUUCUUGGAAACAAUAUGGAUAAGUCCAUGCACUUUUUUUGGCAUGAUUUUCAGAAGUGCUUUGCUGUUGCUUCAUCCCAGGGCUGAGUGACUGGCUCAAAGUCACCCAGUUGCCUGCUGCGCCUAACUCAGGAUUAGAAUUCAGGUCUCCCUAUUUCUAGUUGAGAACCUUAACCAAGGUCAAAUUGGCUCUCUUGCUUAAAAUUUUCUCCUUACCGCUAGAAACCAGCAACCGUAUUUCCAUUAUAUUCUUUCCAGAUGUUUCCCUACCUACUUUUUUUU